AUGAACGCACAUAUGAAUACUUUCACUGCAGACGCUCCCAUCAGAUUUAAUCACAAGAUAAAUCUGAUUGCUGGAAGAGACAGACUCCUUGUGGAAUUGUUGAUCCACCAACACCCCUCAUAUGCUGGUUAUGGGCAAUUGGGUGUGUUGUGGUGGUUGAAGUUGAAGAAGUUUUUAAGAGGAAGAAUUGAAGAUUUGAGAUUAGAAACAAAGAUUUGUGAGAACUUGUGUAGGUUUUGUUUAUUGAGAAAAGAUUUUGUAUCAAAGUUUGACGAGGUUUCUACACUGAACUACUACUGCUUUUUAUAUUAUUUUGGAUCGGGAAAAUUAUAUGACUGGGGUCAGGGUGCUGCCUGGGAUGAAAUCCUCAAAAAGGUCAAUGAUGCCGGAGGUAAAGGCAACGAAAUUGGUGUCUCAACACUCAAGCAGAGACACAAGAAUCUGUUUUUAAAGGAGGCUGAAGGAGAUCGGGGUAAGGCCAUGAAAAAGCAAUUGGCUUCUGAGGAAGAAGUCCAGAAGCAGGCAGCUGCAGAUAAAGUCGUGGAGAGAGCAACUUUAUUGAAGUCCAACAAUCCAUUGAGAGUUGUUGAACAAAAGAAAUUGACAAAUAAAGUAGAGGGCAGUUCUUCUGGACAUCUAGUCCAUCAAUCAACAGCCGACUUUUCUGAUGCCAGAGAAAUGUUGAAGUCCUUUCGGGAUGAAUUGUCCAGUAUGGUGGCUGGAAUAAGUGAUGGUGAGGUACUUACCUCAAUGCGCAGGUUGGAGAAGAAUGUUGAAAGAGGAUUUCUAGCUAUCGAGACAAGGCAGAGAACACUGGAGCAGAGACAGGCUCUGCUAGAGGAGAGACAGGCUUGUUUUGAGUACAAUAUGCAGAGAUACCUGCUUUAA